AUGCGCACCAAGGACGGAGACGAUCUCAGCGAAGCAUUCUGGGAGCAGCUCAACCUAUCUCUCAUCGCCCAAGCCCCAGUCAUGACAAUACUGAACAAAACGAUCCCCACAGUCAAGCACCUCCAGACAGAUGUAGUGGCUUUACCGGAGAGUAUUGCACUCGGAAUGGCAAAGACGAACGUUGAAUGA